GCGCGCGUAAUGCGGACUUUGGAAGCUAGUGAUGUGGCCAAACCGGUUUUUAACCGUCCUCAGUCUUUAUUUUAACAAAAACACUGCAUGAAAAAAAAACUAAUAAUACUUAGUAUUUUUGACUCAAGUACUUUGAUCAGUUUAGUAGCGUAAACAACCAUGGCUGCUCAGUAUGUUUUGGGCAUGGAUCUGGGAACCACCUCCAUCAAGGUAGUGCUGCUUGAUUCGCAGUCAAAGACCGUAACGGACAGCCGCGCUUUCCCCGCCAGCUCAGAUGUCAGCAACGAAGACGCUGAACACGCCAAGGAGCAGGACCCUGCACGGAUAGUCUCCGCUCUUGACCAGUGCAUGGCUGCCCUUCCCAAGGAGAAGCUGAAUAAGGUCAUAUGUAUUGGGGUAUCGGGACAGAUGCAUGGGGUCGUGUUCUGGAAGUCUAGAACAGGUUGUAAAUGGUCCAGUGGUGAUGCAGGUCACACGUUCAUACCUCAAGACGUGAGUCGUCUGAUCACAUGGCAGGAUGGACGAUGUAGCAGUGACUUCCUCUCAUCGCUGCCCAAACCGGAGUCUCACCUGAGUGUGGCCACUGGAUUUGGCUGUGCCUCCAUCUUCUGGUACACCAAGCACAGGCCAGCGUUGCUUUCAGAGUUCAGCGUGGCAGGGACCAUCCAGGAUUAUGUAGUCUCUAUGCUGUGCGGCUCUGAGGACUGUGUCAUGACUGGGCAGAACGCUGCUAGCUGGGGCUACUUCAACACCACCAACAACCAAUGGAACAUGGAGAUACUGAAAGGUGCUGGCUUCCCUGUGCACUUAUUGCCUGUGCCUGUGGAAUCUGGAUCUAUAGCUGGACGCACCUGCUCAGCAUGGCAUGGAAUCCCUGCUGACACCCCUGUUGGAGCGGCCCUGGGAGACUUCCAGUGCAGCGUCUACUCCUGUAUGAGGGACAAAGCUGAUGCAGUACUAAACCUGAGCACUUCAGCUCAGCUGACGUUUGCCAUGCCAGCUGACUUCACUCCUCCAAUAGCACCAGACCCGGUUCCCCCCAUUGCGUACUUCCCUUACUUCCACAACACCUACCUGGCAGUGGCUGCUUCACUCAACGGAGGCAAUGUCAUGGCAACAUUUGUAGGAAUGCUGACUUCUUGGAUGAAAGAACUUGGAGUGGAGCUGAGUGAGUCCAAAGUGUACUCCACACUGGUCCAGUGUGCCCUGACCCAACCCAACACUGACCUGUGUGUGACUCCGACCCUGCUGGGCGAAAGGCACAACCCCACCAGCCUCGGCCGGGUCUCAGACAUCUCCCCCACCAACCUCUCACUGGGUCAUGUGACUCGCGGCGUUUGCAGAGGGAUCUUGGCUAACCUUGCCACCAUGAUGCCCCCUCAGAUGCUGCUGGCUGCGGGAGUGAAAAGGAUUAUGGGUAGUGGGAGUGCUUUGUCUCGUAACGAGGUCUUGAAGCAGGAAGUAGAGCGAAUGUCCCCCCUGCCUGUGGUCUAUGGGGAGGAUGUGGACUCAGCAGUUGGUGUAGCAAUGGUUUUUAAUGACAAACUGUGCAAAGAUACUGCACGUAGCAUUAGCCACAGUGUUUACUGUAAGCACGUAACGUAACCUCACCUCAGUGGCUAUGUUUACAUCCAAUAAUGUGACGAGUCGGUUGAUCGGAAUAAAAAGCUUUCAUGUACUUACCUAAAUCGGAAUAGAGUUUUCCACUUGAGUUUAAUCAGAAAGAAAUUUCUGUCUGACAGAAAGAUUUGAUGUACACUUUUAAUAUUCUGUUAAAGCAAAGGAUAAUAAUCAUGUAAACAUACUUUCACAAUGUGAAUCCAUAAAUACGUAGUAGGGGUGUAGCAGUACACUUAUUUUCAGAUUUUUAAUUAAGAGCUCGAUUCGUUUUUUGACAUGUUAAUAGUGUCUUGAUUGUGUAGAGCUCUAAUUCCAGACUAAACAAGCAGGUUUUCCAUCCACCAGUUUUUGCGAAUUUUGAAAAUGUACAGAAAAAACUGAAUGGAAAAUACACAAAAUUUGAAAAAUAUUCCAAAAAGUUUUAAUUAGAAGCCACCAAAGCUGGAAUGCAAAAAAUGAUGGAAAAGUGAUGGAUAAGAGUUUUUCGAAUAAAUGAUGCAUAGUCCUGAAUGAUCCAUAUAUGAUCUUCAGGACUUAUGAUCCAUAAGUCCUGAAGAUGGUCCGAUGAUGGUUCAUAGCUUUUGGAAGGUUGCCUUCAGCAUUCUGAAAUUUCCUAAUCCAAAGAUUGUUUAAAAAAUUGCUCUGCACAUCAUGCUCCCAGAAUUGUCUGGGGUGUUGGUGUUCCCAGAUGCAAGGUGGACACAGUCAGGGUGGCACGGAGAUUUCAGCCCUCAUUAGGUGGGUCAUUGCUUGUCUUGCAUGGCAUCUCUGACCUGCACACAGUACAGCCAUAAAGUUCCAUAGCUGUAUUGGGUGGAAACGUGACCUCAGACAAAAUUUUAUAAGUGCAUAUUUGAGAAACAUUUGAAUGGACACCUGACCACAGAUUGGUUUGUCUUAUCAAUUCUCACACAGAACUUUUUCGACAUUUGCAGCGCUGCCUUCUAACACAAUAAACCCCUGAAAUCAAAUCAAGAAUUUAAAAAUGACCUCAGGAUAAAAGCCCAGUCACUUUGAGGAUUUGUUGAUAUACUAAUUAAUGCCCCUCCCCUGCCCAAAUGUAGUCAGUCAGCCAAGACAUAUUUGGUUGCAAAGUUGGAUCUUCAGUAACAGUAACAAUAAUACAAGUAAUAGAAGCCUCACAUCACUUAUAAGCUACAUUAACCUUGUAGCUUUAGUGUAAAACUAAAGCACACUUCAGACACUUUACUGCAGAAAAUAAUACAAUAAAUAGUAGAAAAUAUAUUUGGUGACACUCUCAGUAACAUCUAAAACAUGAGGUUUAGGAUUAGGUUUUGGGUUGACGUUAAGGUUAGUGUUAGGAUUAGGGCCAGGGUGAGGGUUAGGUUUUGGGUGAGGUUGGGUGAGGUUAGGUUUUGUGUAAUGGAAGUAACAUAUUAACAAUACAUCUACUUAAUAUCAGUUAUGUAUCAACAGAACCUCAAGAUAUUUACUUAAGUGUAUUCAGAUGCUGCACUACUGAUAAUAAUCCCUGAUGUGUUGUUGAUGUGAUGAUGAUAAUCUGUUAAAUGUUUAUUAGUUAUCUACAAAUGGUUCACUCCUAAUAAAGUGUUACAAUGCAUUUUACCAUCUAGGCUUCAAAAUUUAGGUCAUAAAGAACACAAUUAGAUAUUUUCCUCAAAUCAUUCAUACUUGAACUGAACCAUUCCUUUCACAUUUCAGUUUGCAGCAGCUGUAGGACCUGUACUGUAAAUAUUGGACCUGUAUUUAUUAUUGUUUGAUUUAAGUGUUAAUUUAUUGUAGCAUGUAUGGAUCUUAAAUUUCAAGUGAUCCUAAUUGGUAUUCUAAUGUGAGAAAUCCUUCGUGCACUUUUUGGAUUGCUCAUGUGCAUCAUGUUAGUAAUAGUUUUUAUGACUGCAUAAGUACUGGUGCCUCAAUAAUUAAUACUUAUAAAUAAAUGUCUUUAUAUAUCAAAAUAUGCAGAAUAUUUUAUAACUAAUGUUUAUUUCCAGUUGAAAUAAAAGAUCACUGCGUUUAUUGA